AGCAGUACUUGAUUGAUGUCUUGUGUUCAGAAAGUAUACUACCAUUCUGGCAGACUUCGGCUUAACCCGAACCUGUACGAGAGCGGGAAAGUGUGUCUGAGCCUUCUGAACACCUGGUGGGGCAAGGGGUGCGAGAAGUGGGGCAAGUCGAGCUCCACCAUGCUGCAGGUUCUGGUCUCCAUCCAGGGCCUCGUGCUGAAUGAUAGGCCAUACUUCAAUGAGCCAGGAUACAAGAACUCGGCUGAAACGACAGGUGGUGAGAGGUGUUCCUUGGCUUACAAUCAGACGGCCUUCGUCAGAUCAUGCAAGACGAUGCUGUAUUCACUCCGGAAGCCUCCAAUGCAUUUUGAGACCCUUGUGUUGUGGCACUUCCACGAGCAUGAGCGUGCCAUCCUCGACGCUUGCAGGGCUUACAUGUCUGGGACAGUCGUUGGGUCGUCUGCUGGGACUGGGAGCAACCGCAGAUACGUCCAUGACAAGUGCUUUGCAGAAUUCCACAAGUCGCUGAUGCUCUACACUGAACAUCUCAGGGCUGAGUUUGCUGCAAACAGAAGACGAGUGAUGGAGCUGGAAACAGAAGACGAGAUCGUGCCUAGCAUAGCAGCUAGCGUGAAAUCGUGUUGAAGGCAAAUGCCCCACGGUGUUGCUCUCAUCAUCAGAUAUUUGCUGCCUUAGCUAUUUCUAGCUUCAUUCUACUUCAUUCAUGUCAAGUGAAUAAUCUAAUUCAUGGCAAUUGUACC